AUGGCCGACGACGAACCCCCGGGCGAUGCCGUCCACACCAAAGGCCUGUGGAACCGCCGCCGGGACCUGCGAUGCGUCCGGCGUCACCUCGGGAUCGGCCCCGACGGCGACCCCGACGUGGAGGUCCGAUGCGCGAGGGGCGAUCGAGUCAUCGCGGUCGGGUACCGCCGCGUGCUCCUCGGGGACCACGGGCCGUACCUCGAGCUCGAGCGCGAGCACGUUCGAUGGGAGAACCUCCGGCUGAUGCCCGGAGGCGCCGCGAGGUUCUACGACGAGUACCGCGCCAUCGUGGACGGCGAGAGCUACGACGACAUCGCGCACUCGUCCAUCGGCACGGGGGGCGGCGGCCGGGGCGCCAAGCUCUACGACCAGCUCAAGACCGUGGAGGGGCAGGGGAACCCGCCGAGGGACAGCGCGUGGGCCGUGGCCAACAACAGGCCACACGAGGAGGGCUACGCCGCGUACGUCGUCGGCAAGAUCUACGUCGGCGCGUACGACGUCGCCGUCAGGGAUCCCGUCGUCGACGCCGACGACGUCCGAAGAGCCCUGCCGAAGCCCGGCGGGUCGGGCCGCGUGGCGUGGUGGAAACCGGCGCGAGGCGUCGGCGCCAUCGUCCCGGACGGCGUCGUGGGCGCGAGGAACGAGGGCGCAGGCGGCGGCGAGGAGGAAUUCGCGACGAAGGAGGUCUCCGUGACCCGCGACGCCUUGGCGGGGGGAGCCGAUACUCUCGCGCCGGGGGAGGGAGUCUGGUUCGAUCUCGAGUCGUCGGGACCGUCCGAUCGCUCGGUCGCGGUGAACGUCACCGGGCCGGGGGGCGAGCCCGUGCGACAGCUGUGCCCGGGCGCGGCGGCCGCCGCGGCGGAGGCGGCCAGAAACGGCCAGAAACGGUCAGAGACGGCCCGGGCGCUGAGGGACGGUCGAAGGUCCGCGGCGGCGCUCGCGGCGGCUCGAGCGAGGACGGUGCCGUGGGAGGCCCGGGCGGAGGUAGAGCGUGACGCGGUGGCGGGCGCGGCGAGGAGGAUCGCGAGGAUCCUCCGGGAUAACUGCGCCGCCAUCGCGGGGUUGGCGAGGAUCGAGGGCGAGGGGCAGAGGACGCUGAGGGCGUGCCUCCGGGGGUGGGCGAGAUGGGCGAGGAAAGGGUCGAAAAGCGGCGAGGGAGACGGGAGCUUCGGCGCGGGCGGCGUCGGUCGGCCGUCCACCGCGCCCACCCUCGCGUCGCCCCGACGCCGCGACCCGCCGCCCGGUGAGUCACCGCCCCCGCCGCGGCUCAACCUCACCUCCGCGGGGCGCGCCAAGGGUUUAUUCGCGCCCGUCACGCGGCCCCCGACGCCCGUCGCUUCAAAUCCAAAAACGCCCCGGGGACCCGACGAAGCGGGGGACGACCCACCCGCCGCGAGCGUCGCGCUUCCCGCGUGGCUCACCGCGGUGGCGCGCGGCGCGGUCGUGUGCGAGGUGUCCCACACGCGUUCGUCCUCCGCGGGAGACGCCGCGGCCGACGCCGCCGGUCGGGUUUCAAAGCGGUGCGGUUUCGAAGCGCGGAUGCCCGGUUUGGAAGACUCGGUUCGACCGGUCGUCGUGGAGCUCACGCGCGACGGCGUCGGCGCGCUUCGUACGGGUGCCGAGGGUGCCGAGGGUGCCGACUCCGGCGAUCGCGAUCCCGUCGCGGAGGCGGUGGCGCGCGUCGACGAGAACCUCCCGGUGGCGGAGUUUGGGUCGUCCCCCCUGGUGCUGGUGCUGCCAGCGGGGGAAGAAAAAGCCUCGGGUUCCACCGUCCAUCCCCCUCGGGUCCCGAGGCUGGCGCUCCGCGCGUCGAAACGGGUGGUCGGGGUCGUGUGCGUCUCCAGCGGGCCGGAGCAGCUGGUGCGGGACGCGGUGGCGCUCGCGGGGGCGUGCGCGCUCGGGACGGCGCCUUUCGUCCCCACCGAGGUCUUCGCCGCCGCCGGGCUCGACGCCGCUCGCGAGUGGUCCAGGGAUGAUCCCCGGGUGGCGUCGUGCGUGGCGGUGUUCGAGCGGGCGGGGUGGGGCGCGGCGCGAGGGAUGGAGACGGGCGCGGGGCGGGACUACUGCUGGAGGUGCGGGGAUCGGUCGCACAGGAAGAGGGACUGCGAGCGGGUGGCGGGGGCGAGGCCGGGGGAGAAUCGGCCGGCGACGACGGGGGGCGGGGGAGGGCGCGACGUGGAGGCUGCGCGGGUGGCCGAGCUCAGGCUGUGA